AUGGGCAGCUCGCACUUGCUCAACAAGGGCCUGCCGCUCGGCGUCCGACCCCCGAUCAUGAACGGGCCCCUGCACCCCCGGCCCCUGGUGGCCCUGCUGGACGGCCGGGACUGCACGGUGGAGAUGCCCAUCCUGAAGGACGUGGCCACGGUGGCCUUCUGUGACGCGCAGUCCACACAGGAGAUCCACGAGAAGGUGCUGAAUGAGGCGGUGGGCGCGCUCAUGUACCACACCAUCACGCUGACGCGGGAGGACCUGGAGAAGUUCAAGGCCCUCCGGAUCAUCGUCCGCAUCGGCAGCGGCUUCGACAACAUUGACAUCAAGUCGGCCGGGGACUUGGGCAUCGCUGUCUGCAAUGUGCCGGCAGCGUCCGUGGAGGAGACGGCCGACUCCACCAUGUGCCACAUCCUCAACCUGUACCGCAGGACCACCUGGCUGCACCAGGCGCUGCGGGAAGGCACUCGCGUCCAGAGCGUCGAGCAGAUCCGGGAAGUGGCUUCCGGAGCCGCCAGGAUCCGUGGCGAGACCUUGGGCAUCAUUGGACUAGGGCGCGUCGGGCAGGCGGUGGCGCUGAGGGCCAAGGCCUUCGGCUUCAACGUGCUCUUCUACGACCCCUACCUGCCGGACGGCACUGAGCGGGCCCUGGGGCUGCAGAGGGUGAACACCCUGCAGGACCUGCUGUUCCACAGCGACUGCGUGAGCCUGCACUGCGGCCUCAACGAGCACAACCACCACCUGGUCAAUGACUUCACCGUCAAGCAGAUGCGACAAGGGGCCUUCCUGGUGAACACGGCCCGCGGGGGCCUGGUGGACGAGAAGGCGCUGGCCCAGGCCCUGAAGGAGGGGCGGAUCCGGGGCGCAGCGCUGGACGUGCACGAGUCAGAGCCCUUCAGCUUCAGCCAGGGCCCCCUGAAGGACGCCCCGAACCUGAUCUGCACCCCCCACGCGGCCUGGUACAGCGAGCAGGCGUCCAUCGAGAUGCGCGAGGAGGCAGCCCGGGAGAUCCGGAGAGCCAUCACAGGCCGGGUCCCCGACAGCCUGAAGAACUGCGUCAACAAGGACCACCUGGCCGCCGCCGCCCCCUGGGCCAGCAUGGACCCGGCCGUCGUGCACCCCGAGCUCAACGGGGCCGCCUACAGGUACCCCCCGGGCGUGGUGGGCGUGGCUCCCAGUGGCAUCCCGGCUGCCGUGGAAGGCAUUGUCCCCAGCGCCAUGUCCCUGUCCCACGGCCUGCCCCCCGUGUCCCACCCGCCCCACGCCCCUUCCCCCGGCCAAACCGUCAAGCCCGAGGCGGAUAGAGACCACCCGAGUGACCAGUUGUAG